CACGUGGCCUGCAGCCUCCCGCUACAAUAUUUACGUCCUAUUCCAUUGAGAGGGCCCCUCUCUGCUCACGUGACCCAAAUGCAGUUCUCACUGCGCCAAGAACAAACAGCCCGAACGGAACGCAGUCUGCGCCGGCGGCUCCGCACAUGCUCCGUCUGGCCCCGAGAAUCCUCACUCACUCAUUGAGGUUUCCAUUGGUUUAAAACAACCUUCCAGCCUCGGAGGCUCGGAGACCUGCAGCGCCUUCCUGGCCCAGAUCCAAGGAGCCUCGGCCAGCCAUGCUGAAGCUGACUGACGUGUUGGCUGCAGCGGAUGAGACGGUGUUUUCUCCUCUCCAGAGCCCUGGAUGUUUUUUGCCAUUCUUAUGGUAAACGAUGAGACAGGCUACCAUGGAUUUCAGCACCUCACCUGUGUUUGAUCAGCAGAAAGGUGACUCAUCUGAGGAAGUCGACUUGACCAUGGUGUAUCAGGCAGCAUCUAAUGGAGAUGUCAACGCACUGACUGCUGUGAUUCGAGAGGACCCUUCUAUCCUAGAAUGCUGUGACAGUGAAGGAUGCACGCCCUUGAUGCAUGCGGUUUCUGGCCGUCAAGUGGACACGGUGAAACUGCUCUUGAAGAUGGGUGCCAACAUUAAUACCCAGGAUGCCUAUGGCCGCACCAGUUUAUGCCUGGCAACGUACCUGGGCUGGCUUGAAGGCUGUGUGAGCCUGCUCAGAAACGGUGCCAAGCACAACAUCCCGGAUAAAAAUGGCCGCCUGCCACUGCAUGCUGCCACUGCGGAGCCCGACGUGAGGCUCCUCAUAGUCCUGCUGCAGCAGUCCAGCCCCAGUGAAAUCAACCAUCAGGACACGGAGGGGAUGACACCGCUCCAUUGGGCAGCUUUCCACAACCGGCCUCAACACACCCAGAUGCUGUUGAAGAAAGGGGCAGAUCCCACCCUCUUGGACAAGGACUUUAAAACAGCUCUCCACUGGGCAGCCCAGAGUGGAAAUAGAGUUCUGUGCUCCAUCAUUCUGAGUCACCAUCAGGGACCGUCCAUUAUCAACUGUGACGACGAGAGUGGAAAGACCUGUGUCCAUAUCGCAGCAGCUUCGGGUUUCGGCGACAUUAUUACCGAUCUGGCAAAAGUCCCUGAGUGUAACCUGCAGGCUCUGGAUAUGGAUGACAGGACACCCCUGCACUGGGCUGCAGCUGCAGGAAAAGCGGAGUGCGUCCAGUCACUGCUGGACUUGGGCAUGGACAGCAACCUGAGGGACAUUAACGAGAGCACGCCCCUAGCCUACGCUCUCUACUGCGGCCACACAGCCUGCGUCAGGCUCCUCUCCCAAGGAGGCCGGGGGGUUGGUGAAUCAAACCUCAAGGCAACAAAAGGUCAUCAGAUCUACUGGGUUGCUGUCCAAGAACAAAUUCAGUUUCGGCACUGUUCCUCCAAACAGAGCGCGUCAGUCAUCAGGUGCUGCGCCCACUGCAGAACAAGACUGAUAGACCUGACUGACAGCUGCCUUUAAAUCAGCGUGCUUUAAAGUCAAGAAACUGUCCCACCCACUGGAUUUCAAACCAAGAAAACGAGGGAGUAUGCUUAUAUGCACUAAAAAGUCAUUUAUAAACCCAUAAGCAACAAAAUACCACUGCACCAGUCCAGAAACUAUUAUGAAAAAAAAAAUGUGAAGGCAAUAAAUACAAAAUUUAGUCAGCUUUUCUCUUCUCUUGGUUGCUUAUAUAAUACCACAGAUAUGAUGCAAACUCUUGAAAGCCUUGAUUUCUUGUCCAGGCUCAUCAAGUAUCUCUAGACUCUCCUGUAUUAUUUCAUCAUUCAUACAUUCUGCUACACAGCUACCUGAGUAACGUGGGGAGUCUCCAUUCUGGGUAGUCAUUCACUGAUCAUGGGAUUGCCAUGGUGAAAGGGAGAUAGAUAAAAAUGUAUUAACAAUUUAAAAGUAUAAACGGAUAUAUAGUCAUAUAAAUAUGCAUGUGUGUACGUAUGAACAGAGAAAAGAUAGUGGUGAAACUGUUUUCAUAGUGAGAAAGCAUCCAUUGUCUGCAUCCAAAUGUAGUGCUGGUGGUUGUCAAACAGACUACAGUAUCUUAUUCUGAAGAGUAAUUUUGCAGUCCCUCCUUGGCAGCCUGCACAUGGGUCCAGUUUCGAGGUUGAUCCCUAACGCAGAAAGCAUGGACUUGACCGUGGCCUCAAAAGAGAAUAGCAUAGACUUUCCAAAGAACUGGAACAGAACAACGCCUCGGGGAAACUCAGCUUGAGCAAGCCCGCCAAACAGCUGCCGCUAACCUUUUUUCGGUUGAGUUUGCUUGUGAGUGGAGUAUUGCUCACAUCUGCCACACCCGACCGCUGGCACACAUGACUUCCUCUUCCUCUGGAACUCAAACUCAAACUAAUUCGUCUCUGCCUGUUUCCUUUAGUAGAGUGUUUUUCGUAACUGUAUUUGGGGUUUUUUAUGAUGUGAAAGAAUAACAAAGAGCAAACUAUGAAAUGUGCAAGAUGCUGGAUGCAUAUGACAUUGCUGCCGGACCCCCUGGGAUCUCUCACUUGGAGCAGAGAGCCAGUUACCUCUGCAGCUCCUAUCCUCCUCCUGCCCAGUGAGGCAGAAUGCACACCUUAUUCUUCAUCUCUAAUGCCUCUGUCACUGAGAUGAGAGAGCGGGAACACUUUAAGCUAUUUUCAGCUUGACCAAUUGAUAACUGAAAACAGAUUGCCAUGAGGUCAUUGAAAGGCUAACCUCUGGAGGCUCAGGGCAUGGUUCAGCCAGUAAAUACUUGCACAACAAGCCUGAGGACCUGAGUUUGAUCCCCAGCACCCAUGUAAAAGGCAGGCAUAGUAGCCCACAGCUGUAAUCCCAGCGCUGGGGAAAUGGAGACGGGAAGUGUUUGUGGCUUGCUAUUGAGCCAACCUAGCUGAAUAAGCAAGCUCCAGAUUCAGUGAGGCUGUGUCUCAAAUAAUAAUCAUCAUAAUAAUGUUGGUCCAGAGACAUGGUUCUGCACACAAAGGAGCUUGCUACGCAAGCUUAUGUCUGAGCUCUAUCCUUGGAGCCCACAGAAAGGUCAAAGGAGAGAACCAGAUUCACAGAGUUACCCUCUGACCUGCACAGAUAUGCCCUGGUAUGUAAGCACCAGCACUUAGGCAAACCAUACAACGUCAACACAAAAACACAAAUCUCUCCUCAAAAGGGAUCAGAGAUGGUUUAUUCUUGAGCCAAAUGUGGGUGGUCAAGGGCCUGGCAACAUAGAUUUGAGUUACUUAAAAGUUCACGUUCCAAGAUGAAGUUUUUUUGUUUUGUUUUGUUUGUUUUUCGA